AUGGACAUUCAAAACAUGUUCAUCGGUUUAGGCGGGGGGCUGUAUGGAACGACUCUGGGCCUCAUUCAUGAUCAAAAGGCCGACGCGGAGCCAAUAGGCCCCCCAGAUCUAUCCAAGUGCAACUCUUCCAUCGAUGGUGACGCGCUUUAUCCCUGCUGCCCGCCUUACGCUUUCGGUGUACUGAAACCAGAAGAGAUUCCAGACUAUCAAAUCCCCUCAUUUACCACCCUCCGGCAGAGAAAACCAGCCCGUAAAAUGUCUGUCAAUGAGGUGAUCAAAUUGGUGUUGGCUUUCUCCAAGAUGAAGGAUCUUGGGGUAGCCGACCCAUGGAGCUUCGUGCAGCAGGCGAAUAUACACUGCGCUUUCUGCAACGGGGCCUACGACCAGGUGGGGUUCGACAAGGUUUCCUUGGACAGAUGCAAUAACGUGCAAUUGCAAGUCCACUCCAGCUCUUUUUGCCGUGGCACCGAUGGUACAUCUACUUCUUCGAGAGGAUCUUAG